AUGCUCCUCAUCCCAUCCCACCAUCUCUUCUCCUCAUCCCAUCCCACCAUCUCUGCUCCUCAUGCCAUCCAACCAUCUCUGCUCCUCAUCCCAUUCCACCAUCUCUGCUCCUCAUCCCAUCCCACCAUCUCUGCUCCUCAUCCCAUCCCACCAUCUCUGCUCCUCAUCCAUCCCACCAUCUCUGCUCCUCAUCCCAUCCCACCGUCUCUGCUCCUCAUCCCAUCCCACCGUCUCUGCUCCUCAUCCCAUCCCACCGUCUUUCCUCAUCAUCCCAUCCCACCAUCUCUGCUCCUCAUCCCAUCCCACCAUCUCUGCUCCUCAUCCCAUCCCACCAUCUCUCCUCCUCAUCCCAUCCCACCGUCUCUCCUCAUCAUCCCAUCCCACCAUCUCUGCUCCUCAUCCCAUCCCACCAUCUCUGCUCCUCAUCCCAUCCCACCAUCUCUGCUCCUCAUCCCAUCCCACCGUCUCUCCUCAUCAUCCCAUCCCACCAUCUCUGCUCCUCAUCCCAUCCCACCAUCUCUGCUCCUCAUCCCAUCCCACCAUCUCUGCUCCUCAUCCCAUCCCAACAUCUCUGCUCCUCAUCCCAUCCAACCAUAUCUGCUCCUCAUCCCAACCUACCAUCUCUGCUCCUCAUCCCAUCCCACCAUCUCUGCUCCUGAUCCCAUCCCACCGUCUCUCCUCAUCAUCACAUCCCACCAUCUCUGCUCCUCAUCCCAUCCCACCAUCUCUGCUCCUCAUCCCAUCCCACCAUCUCUGGUCCUCAUCCCAUCCCACCAUCUCUGCUCCUCAUCCCAUCCCACCAUUUCUGCUCCUCAUCCCAUCCCACCAUCUCUGCUCCUCAUCCCAUCCCACCAUCUCUGCUCAUCAUCCCAUCCCACCAUCUCUGCUCCUCAUCCCAUACCACCAUCUCUGCUCCUCAUCCCAUCCCACCAUCUCUGCUCCUCAUCCCAUCCCACCAUCUCUGCUCCUCAUCCCAUCCAUCCAUCUCUGCUCCUCAUCCCAUCCCACCAUCUCUGCUCCUCAUCCCAUCCCACCAUCUCUCCUUAUCAUCCCAUCCCACCGUCUCUGCUCCUCAUCCCAUCCCACCGUCUCUGCUCCUCAUCCCAUCGCACCAUCUCUGCUCCUCAUCCCAUCCCACCAUCUCUGAUCCUCAUCCCAUCCCACCAUCUCUGCUCCUCAUCCCAUCCCACCAUCUCUGCUCCUCAUCCCAUCCCACCGUCUCUGGUCCUCAUCCCAUCCCACCGUCUCUCCUCAUCAUCCCAUCCCACAACCUCUGCUCCUCAUCCCAUCCCACCAUCUCUGCUCCUCAUCCCAUCCCACUAUCUCUGCUCCUCAUCCCAUCCCACCGUCUCUCCUCAUCAUCCCAUCCCACAACCUCUGCUCCUCAUCCCAUCCCACCAUCUCUGCUCCUCAUCCCAUCCCACCAUCUCUGCUCCUCAUCCCAUCCCACCGUCUCUCCUCAUCAUCCCAUCCCACCAUCUCUGCUCCUCAUCCCAUCCCACCAUCUCUGCUCCUCAUCCCAUCCCACCAUCUCUGCUCCUCAUCCCAUCCCACCGUCUCUGGUCCUCAUCCCAUCCCACCGUCUCUGCUCCUCAUCCCAUCCCACCAUCUCUGCUCCUCAUCCGAUCCCACCAUCUCUGCUCCUCAUCCCAUCCCACCGUCUCUGCUCCUCAUCCCAUCCCACCGUCUCUCCUCAUCAUCCCAUCCCACCAUCUCUGCUCCUCAUGCCAUCCCACCAUCUCUGCUCCUCAUCCCAUCCCACCAUCUGCUCCUCAUCCCAUCCCACCAUCUCUGCUCCUCAUCCCAUCCCACAAUCUCUGCUCCUCAUCCCAUCCCACCGUCUCUGCUCCUCAUCACCGUCCCCAUCCAUCUCUGCUCCUCAUCCCAUCCCACCAUCUCUGCUCCUCAUCCCAUCCCACCGAUCUCUGCUCCUCAUCCCAUCCACCAUCUCUGCUCCUCAUCCCCAUCCACCAUCUCUGCUCCUCAUCCCAUCCCACCAUCUCUGCUCCUCAUCCCAUCCCACCGUCUCUGCUCUCAUCCCAUCCCACCAGUCUCUGCUCCUCAUCCAUCACCACCGGUCUCUCCUCAUCAUCCAUCCCACCAUCUCUGCUCCUCAUCCCAUCCCACCAUCUCUGCUCCUCAUCCCAUCCCACCAUCUCCUCCUCAUCCCAUCCCACCAUCUCUGCUCCUCAUCCCAUCCCACCAUCUCUGCUCCUCCUCCCCACCUCCCACAUCUGCUCCUCAUCCCAUCCCCACCAUCUCUGCUCCUCAUCCCCACCACCGUGUCUGCUCCUCAUCCCAUCACAAUCUCUGCUCCUCAUCCCAUCCCACCAUCUCUGCUCCUCAUCCCAUCCCACCAUCUCUGCUCUCAUCCCAUCCCCCAUCUCUGCUCCUCAUCCCAUCCCACCAUCUCUGCUCCUCAUCCCAUCCCACCAUCUCUGCUCCUCAUCCCAUCCCACCGUCUCUGCUCCUCAUCCCAUCCCACCGUCUCUGCUCCUCAUCCCAUCCCACCAUCUCUCCUCAUCAUCCCAUCCCACCAUCUCUGCUCCUCAUCCCAUCCCACCAUCUCUGCUCCUCAUCCCAUCCCACCAUCUCUGCUCCUCAUCCCAUCCCACCAUCUCUGCUCCUCAUCCCAUCCCACCAUCUCUGCUCCUCAUCCCAUCCCACCAUCUCUGCUCCUCAUCCCAUCCCACCAUCUCUGCUCCUCAUCCCAUCCCACCAUCUCUGCUCCUCAUCCCAUCCCACCAUCUCUGCUCCUCAUCCCAUCCCACCAUCUCUCCUCAUCAUCCCAUCCCACCAUCUCUGCUCCUCAUCCCAUCCCACCAUCUCUGCUCCUCAUCCCAUCCCACCAUCUCUGCUCCUCAUCCCAUCCCACCGUCUCUCCUCAUCAUCCCAUCCCACAAUCUCUGCUCCUCAUCCCAUCCCACCAUCUCUGCUCCUCAUCCCAUCCCACCAUCUCUGCUCCUCAUCCCAUCCCACCGUCUCCCUCAUCAUCCCAUCCCACCAUCUCUGCUCCUCAUCCCAUCCCACCAUCAUCUGCUCCUCAUCCCAUCCCACCAUCUCUGCUCCUCAUCCCAUCCCACACUCUGCUCCUCAUCCCAUCCACCGAUCUCUGCUCCUCAUCCCAAUCCCACCAUCUCAUGCUCCUCAUCCCAUCCACCAUCUCUGCUCCUCAUCCCAUUCCCACAGUCUCUGCUCCUCAUCCCAUCCCACCAUCUCUGCUCCUCAUCCCAUCCACCAUCUCUGCUCCUCAUCCCAUCCCACCAUCUCUGCUCCUCAUCCCAUCCCACCAUCUCUGCUCCUCAUCCCAUCCCACCGAUCUCUGCUCCCAUCCCAUCCCAUCGUCUCUGUCCUCAUCCCAUCCCCACCAUCUCUGCUCCUCAUCCCAUCCCACCAUCUCUGCUCCUCAUACCCAUCCCACCAUCUCUGCUCCUCAUCCCAUCCCACCAUCUCUGCCUGCCUCAUCCCAUCCCAGCCAUCUCUCUCAUCAUCCCAUCCACCAUCUCUGCUCCUCAUCCCAUCCACCAUCUCUGCUCCUCAUCCCAUCCCAUCCCCAUCCCAUCCACCAUCUCUGCUCCUCAUCCCAUCCCACCGUCUCUCUCAUCAUCCCAUCCCACCAUCUCUGCUCCUCAUCCCAUCCCACCAUCUCUGCUCCUCAUCCCAUCCCACCAUCUCUGCUCCUCAUCCCAUCCCACCAUCUCUGCUCCUCAUCCCAUCCCACCAUCUCUGCUCCUCAUCCCAUACCUACCAUCUCUGCUCCUCAUCCCAUCCCACCAUCUCUGCUCCUCGAUCCCAUCCCACCAGUCUCUGCUCAUCAUCCAUCCACCAUCUCUGCUCCUCAUCCCAUCCACCAUCUCUGCUCCUCAUCCCAUCCCACCAUCUCUGCUCCUCAUCCCAUCCCACCAUCUCUGCUCCUCAUCCCAUCCCACCAUCUCUGCUCCUCAUCCCAUCCCACCAUCUCUGCUCCUCAUCCCAUCCCACCAUCUCUGCUCCUCAUCCCAUCCCACCAUCUCUGCUCCUCAUCCCAUCCCACCAUCUCUGCUCCUCAUCCCAUCCCACCAUCUCUGCUCCUCAUCCCAUCCCACCAUCUCUGCUCCUCAUCCCAUCCAUCCAUCUCUGCUCCUCAUCCCAUCCCACCAUCUCUGCUCCUCAUCCCAUCCCACCAUCUCUGCUCCUCAUCCCAUCCCACCGUCUCUGCUCCUCAUCCCAUCCCACCGUCUCUGCUCCUCAUCCCAUCUGCUCCUCAUCCAUCCCACCAUCUCUGCUCCUCAUCCCAUCCACCGUCUCUGCUCCUCAUCCCAUCCCACCAUCUCUGCUCCUCAUCCCAUCCCACCAUCUCUGCUCCUCAUCCCAUCCCACCAUCUCUGCUCCUCAAUCCCAUCCCACCAUCUCUGCUCCUCAUCCCAUCCCACCAUCUCUGCUCCUCAUCCCAUCCCACCAUCUCUGCUCCUCAUCCCAUCCCACCAUCUCUGCUCCUCAUCCCAUCCCACCAUCUCUGCUCCUCAUCCCAUCCCACCAUCUCUGCUCCUCAUCCCAUCCCACCAUCUCUGCUCCUCAUCCCAUCCCACCAUCUCUGCUCCUCAUCCCAUCCCACCAUCUCUGCUCCUCAUCCCAUCCCACCAGUCUCUGCUCCUCAUCCCAUCCCACCAUCUCUGCUCCUCAUCCCAUCCCACCAUCUCUGCUCCUCAUCCAUCCCACCAUCUCUGCUCCUCAUCCCAUCCCACCAUCUCUGCUCCUCAUCCCAUCCCACCAUCUCUGCUCCUCAUCCCAUCCCACCAUCUCUGCUCCUCAUCCCAUCCCACCAUCUCUGCUCCUCAUCCCAUCCCACCAUCUCUGCUCCUCAUCCCAUCCCACCAUCUCUGCUCCUCAUCCCAUCCCACCAUCUCUGCUCCUCAUCCCAUCCACCAUCUCUGCUCCUCAUCCCAUCCCACCAUCUCUGCUCCUCAUCCCAUCCCACCAUCUCUGCUCCUCAUCCCAUCCCACCAUCUCUGCUCCUCAUCCCAUCCCACCAUCUCUGCUCCUCAUCCCAUCCCACCAUCUCUGCUCCUCAUCCCAUCCCACCAUCUCUGCUCCUCAUCCCAUCCCACCAUCUCUGCUCCUCAUCCCAUCCCACCUCUCUCCUCAUCAUCCCAUCCCACCAUCUCUGCUCCUCAUCCCAUCCCACCAUCUCUGCUCCUCAUCCCAUCCCACCAUCUCUGCUCCUCAUCCCAUCCCACCGAUCUCUGCUCCUCAUCCCAUCCCACCAUCUCUGCUCCUCAUCCCAUCCCACCAUCUCUGCUCCUCAUCCCAAUCCCACCAUCUCUGCUCCUCAUCCCAUCCCACCAGUCUCUCCUCAUCAUCCCAUCCCACCAUCUCUGCUCCUCAUCCCAUCCCACCAUCUUUGCUCCUCAUCCCAUCCCACCAUCUCUGCUCCUCAUCCCAUCCCACCAGUCUCUGCUCCUCAUCCCAUCCCACCAUCUCUGCUCCUCAUCCCAUCCCACCAUCUCUGCUCCUCUCCCAUCCCACCAUCUUCUGCUCCUCAUCCCCUCCCACCAUCUCUGCUCCUCAUCCCAUCCCACCAGUCUCUCCUCCUCAUCCCAUCCCACCAUCUCUCGCUCCUCAUCCCAUCCCACCAUCUCUGCUCCUCAUCCCAUCCCACCAUCUCUGCUCCUCAUCCCAUCCCACCGUCUCUGCUCAUCAUCCCAUCCCACCGUCUCUGCUCCUCAUCCCAUCCCACCAUCUCUGCUCCUCAUCCCAUCCCACCAUCUCUGCUCCUCAUCCCAUCCCACCAUCUCUGCUCCUCAUCCCAUCCCACCAGUCUCUGCUCCUCAUCCCAUCCCACCAUCUCUGCUCCUCAUCCCAUCCCACCAUCUCUGCUCCUCAUCCCAUCCCACCAUCUCUGCUCCUCAUGCCAUCCCACCAUCUCUGCUCAUCAUCCAUCCCACCGUCCCACCAUCUCUGCUCCUCAUCCCUCCCACCAUCUCUGCUCCUCAUCCCAUCCCACCGUCUCUGCUCCUCAUCCCUCCCACCAGUCUCUGCUCCUCAUCCAUCCCACCAGUCUCUGCUCCUCAUCCCAUCCCACCCAUCUCUGCUCCUCAUCCAUCCACCAUCUCUGCUCCUCAAUCCCAUCCCACCAUCUCUGCUCCCUCAUCCCAUCCCACCAUCUCUGCUCCUCAUCCCAUCCCACCCGUCUCUGCUCCUCAUCCCAUCCACCAUCUCUGCUCCUCAUCCCAUCCCCAUCUCUGCUCCUCAUCCAUCCCACCAUCUCUGCUCCUCAUCCAUCCCACCAUCUCUGCUCCUCAUCCCAUCCCACCAUCUCUGCUCCUCAUCCCAUCCCAACCAUCUCUUCUCUCAUCCCAUCCCACUCAUCUCUGCUCCUCAUCCCAUCCCACCCAUCUCUGCUCCUCAUCCCAUCCCACCAUCUCUGCUCCUCAUCCCAUCCCACCAUCUCUGCUCCUCAUCCCAUCCACCAUCUCUGCUCCUCAUCCCAUCCCACCAUCUCUGCUCCUCAUCCCAUCCCACCAUCUCUGCUCCUCAUCCCAUCCCACCAUCUCUGCUCCUCAUCCCAUCCACCAUCUCUGCUCCUCAUCCCAUCCCACCAUCUCUGCUCCUCAAUCCCAUCCCACCAUCUCUGCUCCUCAUCCCAUCCCACCAUCUCUGCUCCUCAUCCCAUCCCACCAUCUCUGCUCCUCAUCCCAUCCCACCAUCUCUGCUCCUCAUCCCAUCCCACCUCUCUGCUCCUCAUCCCAUCCCACCAUCUCUGCUCCUCAUCCCAUCCCACCAAUCUCUUCUCCUCAUCCCAUCCCACCAUCUCUGCUCCUCAUCCCAUCCCACCAUCUCUGCUCCUCAUCCCAUCCCACCAUCUCUGCUCCUCAUCCCAUCCCACCGUCUCUGCUCCUCAUCCCAUCCCACCGUCUCUGCUCCUCAUCCCAUCCCCACAGUCUCUGCCUCAUCAUACCAUCCCACCAUCUCUGCUCCUUCAUCCCAUCCCACUAUCUCUGCUCCUCAUCCCAUCCCACCAUCUCUGCCUCCUCAUCCCAUCCCACCGUCUCUCCUCAUCAUCCCAUCCCACCAUCUCUGCUCCUCAUCCCAUCCCACCAUCUCUGCUCCGUCAUCCCAUCCCACCAUCUCUGCUCCUCAUCCGAUCCCACCAUCUCUGCUCCUCAUCCCAUCCCACCAUCUAUGCUCCUCAUCCCAUCCCACCAUCUCUGCUCCUCAUCCCAUCCCACCGUCUCUGCUCCUCAACCCAUCCCACCAUCUCUGCUCCAUCAUCACCAUCUCCAUCCCAUCCCCAUCUCUGCCUCAUCCCAUUCCCACCAUCUCUGCUCCUCAUCCCAUCCACCAUCUCUGCUCCUCAUCCCAUCCCACCAUCUCUGCUCCUCAUCCCAUCCCACCAUCUCUGCUCCUCAUCCCAUCCCACCAUCUCUGCUCCUCAUCCCAUCCCACCAUCUCUGCUCCUCAUCCCAUCCCACCAUCUCUGCUCCUCAUCCCAUCCCACCAUCUCUGCUCCUCAUCCCAUCCACCAUCUCUGCUCCUCAUCCCAUCCCACCAUCUUUGCUCCUCAUCCCAUCCCACCAUCUCUGCUCCUCAUCCCAUCCCACCAUCUCUGCUCCUCAUCCCAUCCCACCAUCUCUGCUCCUCAUCCCAUCCCACCAUCUCUGCUCCUCAUCCCAUCCCACCAUCUCUGCUCCUCAUCCCAUCCCACCAUCUCUGCUCCUCAUCCCAUCCCACCAUCUCAGCUCCUCAUCCCAUCCCACCAUCUCUGCUCCUCAUCCCAUCCCACCAUCUCUGCUCCUCAUCAUCCCAUCCCACCAUCUCUGCUCCUCAUCCCAUCCCACCAUCUCUGCUCCUCAUCCCAUCCCACCGUCUCUGCUCCUCAUCCCAUCCCACCAUCUCUGCUCCUCAUCCCAUCCCACCAUCUCUGCUCCUCAUCCCAUCCCACCAUCUCUGCUCCUCAUCCCAUCCCACCAUCUCUGCUCCUCAUCCCAUCCCACCAUCUCUGCUCCUCAUCCAUCCCACCAUCUCUGCUCCUCAUCCCAUCCCACCGUCUCUCCUCAUCAUCCCAUGCUCCUCAUCCCAUCCCACCAUCUCUGCUCCUCAUCCCAUCCCACCAUCUCUGCUCCUCAUCCCAUCCCACCAUAUCUGCUCCUCAUCCCAACCCACCAUCUCUGCUCCUCAUCCCAUCCCACCAUCUCUGCUCCUCAUCCCAUCCCACCGUCUCUCCUCAUCAUCACAUCCCACCAUCUCUGCUCCUCAUCCCAUCCCACCAUCUCUGCUCCUCAUCCCAUCCCACCAUCUCUGGUCCUCAUCCCAUCCCACCAUCUCUGCUCCUCAUCCCAUCCCACCCGUCUCUCCUCAUCAUCACAUCCCACCAUCUCUGCUCCUCAUCCCAUCCCACCAUCUCUGGUCCUCAUCCCAUCCCACCAUCUCUGCUCCUCAUCCCAUCCCACCAUCUCUGCUCCUCAUCCCAUCCCACCAUCUAUGCUCCUCAUCCCAUCCCACCAUCUCUUCUCCUCAUCCCUUCCCACCAUCUCUGCUCCUCAUGCCAUCCAACCAUCUCUGCUCCUCAUCCCAUCCCACCAUCUCUGCUCCUCAUCCCAUCCCACCAUCUCUGCUCCUCAUCCCAUCCCACCAUCUCUGCUCCUCAUCCCAUCCCACCAUCUCUGCUCCUCAUCCCAUCCAACCAUCUCUGCUCCUCAUCCCAUCCCACCAUCUCUCCUCAUCAUCCCAUCCCACCAUCUCUGCUCCUCAUCCCAUCCCACCAUCUCUGCUCCUCAUCCCAUCCCACCAUCUCUGCUCUUCAUCACAUCCCACCGUCUCUCCUCAUCAUCCCAUCCCACCAUCUCUGCUCCUCAUCCCAUCCCACCAUCUCUGCUCCUCAUCCCAUCCCACCAUCUCUGCUCCUCAUCCCAUCCCACCAUCUCUGCUCCUGAUCCCAUCCCACCAUCUCUGCUCCUGAUCCCAUCCCACCGUCUCUCCUCAUCAUCACAUCCCACCAUCUCUGCUCCUCAUCCCAUCCCACCAUCUCUGCUCCUCAUCCCAUCCCACCAUCUCUGGUCCUCAUCCCAUCCCACCAUCUCUGCUCCUCAUCCCAUCCCACCAUCUCUGCUCCUCAUCCCAUCCCACCAUCUCUGUUCCUCAUCCCAUCCCACCAUCUCUGCUCAUCAUCCCAUCCCACCAUCUCUGCUCCUCAUCCCAUCCCACCAUCUCUGCUCCUCAUCCCAUCCCACCAUCUCUGCUCCUCAUCCCAUCCCACCAUCUCUGCUCCUCAUCCCAUCCCACCAUCUCUGCUCCUCAUCCCAUCCCACCAUCUCUGCUCCUCAUCCCAUCCCACCAUCUCUGCUCCUCAUCCCAUCCCACCAUCUCUGCUCCUCAUCCCAUCCCACCAUCUCUGGUCCUCAUCCCAUCCCACCAUCUCUGCUCCUCAUCCCAUCCCACCAUCUCUGCUCCUCAUCCCAUCCCACCAUCUCUGCUCCUCAUCCCAUCCCACCAUCUCUGCUCCUCAUCCCAUCCCACCAUCUCUGCUCCUCAUCCCAUCCCACCGUCUCUGGUCCUCAUCCCAUCCCACUGUCUCUGCUCCUCAUCCCAUCCCACCAUCUCUGCUCCUCAUCCGAUCCCACCAUCUCUGCUCCUCAUCCCAUCCCACCGUCUCUGCUCCUCAUCCCAUCCCACCGUCUCUCCUCAUCAUCCCAUCCCACCAUCUCUGCUCCUCAUCCCAUCCCACCUUCUCUGCUCCUCAUCCCAUCCCACCAUCUCUGCUCCUCAUCCGAUCCCACCAUCUCUGCUCCUCACCCCAUCCCACCGUCUCUGCUCCUCAUCCCAUCCCACCGUCUCUGCUCCUCAACCCAUCCCACCAUCUCUGCUCCUCAUCCCAUCCCACCAUCUCUGAUCCUCAUCCCAUGCCACCAUCUCUGCUCCUCAUCCCAUUCCACCAUCUCUGCUCCUCAUCCCAUCCCACCAUCUCUGCUCCUCAUCCCAUCCCACCGUCUCUGGUCCUCAUCCCAUCCCACCGUCUCUGCUCCUCAUCCCAUCCCACCGUCUCUCCUCAUCAUCCCAUCCCACCAUCUCUGCUCCUCAUCCCAUCCCACCAUCUCUGCUCCUCAUCCCAUCCCACCAUCUCUGCUCCUCAUCCCAUCCCACCAUCUCUGCUCCUCAUCCCAUCCCACCAUCUCUGCUCCUCAUCCCAUCCCACCAUCUCUGCUCCUCAUCCCAUCCCACCAUCUAUGCUCCUCAUCCCGUCCCACCAUCUCUGCUCCUCAUCCCAUCCCACCAUCUCUGCUCCUCAUGCCAUCCCACCAUCUCUGCUCCUCAUCCCAUCCCACCAUCUCUGCUCCUCAUCCCAUCCCACCAUCUCUGCUCCUCAUCCCAUCCCACCAUCUCUGCUCCUCAUCCCAUCCCACCAUCUCUGCUCCUCAUCCCAUCCCGCCAUCUCUGCUCCUCAUCCCAUCCCAAUAUCUCUGCUCCUCAUCCCAUCCCACCAUCUCUGCUCCUCAUCCCAUCCCACCAUCUCUGCUCCUAAUCCCAUCCCACCAUCUCUGCUCCUCAUCCCAUCCCACCGUCUCUGCUCCUCAUCCCAUCCCACCAUCUCUGCUCCUCAUCCGAUCCCACCAUCUCUGCUCCCCAUCCCAUCCCACCAUCUCUGCUCCUCAUCCCAUCCCACCAUCUCUGCUCCUCAUCCCAUCCCACCAUCUCUCCUCAUCAUCCCAUCCCACCAUCUCUGCUCCUCAUCCCAUCCCACCAUCUCUGCUCCUCAUCCCAUCCCACCAUCUCUGCUCCUCAUCCGAUCCCACCAUCUCUGCUCCUCAUCCCAUCCCACCAUCUCUGCUCCUCAUCCCAUCCCACCAUAUCUGCUCCUCAUCCCAACCCACCAUCUCUGCUCCUCAUCCCAUCCCACCAUCUCUGCUCCUCAUCCCAUCCCACCGUCUCUCCUCAUCAUCACAUCCCACCAUCUCUGCUCCUCAUCCCAUCCCACCAUCUCUGCUCCUCAUCCCAUCCCACCAUCUCUGGUCCUCAUCCCAUCCCACCAUCUCUGCUCCUCAUCCCAUCCCACCGUCUCUCCUCAUCAUCACAUCCCACCAUCUCUGCUCCUCAUCCCAUCCCACCAUCUCUGCUCCUCAUCCCAUCCCACCAUCUCUGGUCCUCAUCCCAUCCCACCAUCUCUGCUCCUCAUCCCAUCCCACCAUCUCUGCUCCUCAUCCCAUCCCACCAUCUAUGCUCCUCAUCCCAUCCCACCAUCUCUGCUCCUCAUCCCAUCCCACCAUCUCUGCUCCUCAUCCCAUCCCACCAUCUCUGGUCCUCAUCCCAUCCCACCAUCUCUGCUCCUCAUCCCAUCCCACCAUCUCUGCUCCUCAUCCCAUCCCACCAUCUCUGCUCCUCAUCCCAUCCAACCAUCUCUGCUCCUCAUCCCAUCCCACCAUCUCUGCUCCUCAUCCCAUCCCACCGUCUCUGGUCCUCAUCCCAUCCCACCGUCUCUGGUCCUCAUCCCAUCCCACCGUCUCUGCUCCUCAUCCCAUCCCACCAUCUCUGCUCCUCAUCCGAUCCCACCAUCUCUGCUCCUCAUCCCAUCCCCACCGUCUCUGCUCCUCAUCCCAUCCCACCGUCUCUCCUCAUCAUCCCAUCCCACCAUCUCUGCUCCUCAUCCCAUCCCACCAUCUCUGCUCCUCAUCCCAUCCCACCAUCUCUGCUCCUCAUCCCAUCCCACCAUCUCUGCUCCUCAUCCCAUCCCACCAUCUCUGCUCCUCAUCCCAUCCAACCAUCUCUGCUCCUCAUCCGAUCCCACCAUCUCUGCUCCUCACCCCAUCCCACCGUCUCUGCUCCUCAUCCCAUCCCACCGUCUCUGCUCCUCAACCCAUCCCACCAUCUCUGCUCCUCAUCCCAUCCCACCAUCUCUGA